CCACGUAACAUUUAAAUUUAUAAAUAAUUUAAAAGAAAAAGUAAUUGUAAACAAAGGAGCGUGACGACCAAAUGCCAGAAAUUGAGGUGGAGACGGACAAAAUGUCUUUGAAUUUUCCCUCAAAAGUUUGUCAACUAACGCCCACCCAAUUGAGGAGCGAUCCAGACAGACAACACAGAAAACAUAAGUAGGAAACUGUGCUCUACUGCAUAAACGACCAACCAAACCAACUUUAUAAACCAAAUCGAAAAACACGCUUCCACCUCCCACCCACCUCUUCUCCUAUCAUGGCCAUCGCCGCCUGCUACUUCACCGCCUCCCUCUCCAACUUCAAUCCCAGUCUCAAUCUCCAUCGACCAUUUCUUUCCUCCCACUCAUCACCUCUUCUCCACCUCCGCCUCUCCCUCUCCUCGCCCUCCAUUUCUCCUCUUUCCCUCCGCCACCAACACACUAACCCUUUCCCCCUCUUCGUCCCUUCCGCUUCUUCUUCUGGCGGAGAUGGAAGCUUCAAUAAUGGCCCACCUUCCAGCGGCGGCGGUGGUGGAGGCAAUGACGACUAUAAUAGUAAUAACAGCGGCGGUGAUGAGGAUGGUGAUAAUGCUGCGAACAGGAACACGAAAGAGGCGAUGAUGGUGUUAGCGGAGUCAAAGCGGGCACUGGAGACUUUGCCCAAGGACUUGGCGGCAGGGAUCCAGGCCGGCAGAAUUCCUGGUGCGGUGGUUUCAAGGUUUUUAGAGCUGGAGAAGUCGGGGUUGUUCCGGUGGUUUCUUCAGUUCGGUGGGUUCAAGGAAAGGCUGUUGGCUGAUGAUCUGUUUUUUGCUAAGGUCGGCAUUGAGUGCGGUGUUGGUAUCUUCACUAAGACUGCUGCAGAAUAUGAACGUCGCAGAGAGAAUUUUUUCAAGGAGCUGGAAAUUGUUUUUGCGGACGUGGUGAUGGCCAUAAUUGCAGAUUUCAUGCUUGUUUAUCUUCCUGCUCCAACAGUAUCCCUCCGACCACCUCUUGCAAGCAGUGCUGGACCUAUUGCAAAGUUCUUCUACAGCUGCCCUGAUAAUGCAUUUCAGGUUGCUCUUGCUGGAACUUCCUACUCAUUUUUACAGAGAAUAGGUGCUAUUGUGCGUAAUGGGGCAAAACUUUUUGCUGUUGGCACCACCUCAUCACUGGUUGGCACAGCUGUGACGAAUACAUUGAUCAACGGACGGAAGGCUGUGGAUAAGUCUUCAGCAGGUGAAGUUGAAAAUGUGCCUAUAUUGUCCACCAGUGUUGCCUAUGGUGUCUAUAUGGCAGUUUCUAGCAACCUCAGGUAUCAAGUACUGGCCGGUGUUAUUGAACAGCGGAUUUUGGAACCUUUAUUACACCAGCACAAGUUUAUGCUUAGUGCAAUUUGUUUUGCUGUUCGAACCGGCAACACAUACUUGGGUUCAUUGUUGUGGGUGGAUUAUGCUCGGUUGAUAGGAAUUCAAAAGGCUCAGGAGGAGCAGAAAGAAUUGGCUUGAUUUAUGAAUAUUGGUUUGCAACAUUAUGGCAGUUGCUUGUAGUAGGGUAUGUCAGUUAAAUUUUUGUGAGAGCUUUUGUGGGUGUUGAAAUGGUAGAAUUUUGCAGAUUGAAACGUCAGAAUUACUUGAUAAAGCUGACAUUUUGAACAUGUAGUGCAAGUAGUAAAGAAUAUAUAUAUGUAAUUUUUUUUAUUUGAA